GUACAUGAAGUUAUGCAGUAAGGAAAGGAACAUGGCGGACAAUGAGAUGGUGGCAGAUGUGUCCACAAAAGCACUUUAUUCUGACCUCCCAGAACGUGUUCAACACAACUUGGAAGAACUUAAUCUUCGGCAUUCCAUGGAUUGAAUUGAAUUCUCCUUCCCAUCUUUUCAAUGCAGCAGCUGAAUUGUUCUGCUAGAAGUUUUGUAAAAUCAUUUCUGGGAAGAGUGGUACAAGAAAAUAAAGAAGACCUGGACAGCAAACUGCGAUGUGAUCCUGUGAUUUUAGACAAGCUUAAUAAACACAAGUCAAACAAGAAGCCAAAGAGAAAAGAGAUGUCCUUAAAAGAGAAAAGGAGUCGAGGCAUUUACAAGAUUUCAUCCAAGAAUCAAAGAUAUGAAAUGUAUCUUCCUCUCCAUGAGUUAUGGACAGGCUACAUGCAAGAAAUGUUGAACUUGACAUCUGAAAGUAAUUUGAAAGUUGUGUAUCCCAAACUUCUGCGGGCUGAUUACCAUGGAUGUAUUCUUAAGGUGAGCAGAUCCAAAUGUCCAUCAUAUAUAGGAACAUGUGGUAUCUUACUUCAAGAGACGAAAAAUUCCUUCAAGAUUAUAACAAAACAAGACAAACUCAAAAUGAUCCCCAAAGCAAACAGCGUGUUUACAUUUGAACUGGAGGGAUUUGAGUUCACGAUUCAUGGAAAUCAUUUCUGCUUCCGAUCCAGUGAGCGCUCGGCAAGAAGAUUCAAACCAAAAGCGACAACAGACUUAUAAACAUAGCUCCAUUCAUGAUUCAAUCUUGUACAGAUUUUCCAGUCAGCGUUGUUCACUGACGCAGCUGUGGUGCCGUGAUCCCAGAAAGUCCUCCAAACAAGGAGCAUCAUGGGAGUUACUGAGCUGAGACACCAAGAAUUUACAAUUUUAAUGUUACAGAGAGCGUUUUUAGGACGCAUACUCAAUGUCCUCAGACUUUGUAAGGAAUCAUUAAAAAAUGAACUUUGAA